UACUCCUAGCAGCAGAUGAAGCUGAAGCUGGAGAAGACACAUCAACGCCCGUUAUACCGAGGCAGUGCCCGGGGAUCAGACCGUGACAGCCCGGGGACACCCAGCAGGAGGAGCAGACCCCCCACCCCGCUUCUGAGGGCUCCCAGGGGCCCCGACUCUCGCGCCCGCAGCUGUAGCUCUCCUAUACCGGAGCGGAGCCGUUUGUCCCGGGGAUGAUGGAGCCGGGUGGGCCCGGCGGGGGUCCCCCACCUCCCCCUCCGGUACCGGAGAAGAAGAAGCUGAACCGGGCUCCGUCUCCGGCCCGGCCCAAGGAUCUGACCGGCUGGUCUCUGUCCAAGGCCCGCAGGGGGUCCCCGGUGUCCCUGUCCGUGAUGCCCCAGCCCCCCCGCCGGUCGCUGCCCUCUCCCGGGAGCAAGAAGCAGCCCCGAGCGGCGGUGGCUGCAGCCAAGUCCAAGGAGAAGGCGGGCGCGGGGCCCCGGACGGACAGCAGCUCGGAGGGGUCCUGCGCCUCGGAGGACAGUAGCAGCCGGGGCAGCAGUGAGGAGGGAGGGGUGUCCGGGGCCUCCAGCCGCCUCCAGCUCAGCACCUCCAUGGCCUUCUCCGACCUGACCGAGGAGAUACUGGACGGGGGAACCGAGGGCUUGUUACGGGAGAUGGAGGAGCUGCGCUCUGAGAAUGAUUAUCUGAAGGACGAGAUCGAGGAGCUGAGGUCAGAGAUGCUGGAGAUGAGAGACGUUUAUAUGGAAGAGGAUGUAUAUCAGCUGCAGGAGCUCCGGCAGCAGCUAGAACAAGUCCACAAGACUUGUCGCAUUUUACAGUACAGAUUGAAGAAGUCCGAGCGCAGAGGGCUACGGGUGGCCCAGACAGGACAAGUGGAUGGAGAACUUAUCAGUGCCCUAGAGCAGGACGUCAAGGUGGCUAAGGAUGUCUCAAUACGUCUCCACAAUGAGUUGGACGUGGUAGAGAAGAAAAGAAGUAAGUUAGAGGAAGAGAAUGAAGAACUACGUCAAAGGCUGAUUGAGACAGACUUGGCUAAGCAAGUCCUACAAAAUGAAAUGGAAAAGCUGAAAGAGAAUUCUUUGAGAAAGAGGGGCCGACCUUCAGGAAAAAUGGAGAAGAAAACGUCUCCUCAGGAGGACAGCGCUGAUAUUAAAUGCCAGUUAUACUUUGCUAAAGAGGAGUCCGCCUUAAUGUGUAAAAAGCUUACAAAGCUGGCAAAAGAUAACGAUAGCAUGAAAGAAGAGCUGGUUAAGUAUAGGUCAAUGUUUGGUGAUCUGGAUAGCUCAUUGUCUAUAGAAGAAUUGGCCAAUUCACCACAUUCCAGAGAGGCAGAGCUGAAAGCCCACCUCAAGUUAGUGGAAGAGGAGGCGAACAUCUUGAGCCGAAGGACGGUAGAGCUAGAGAUUGAAAACAGAGGUCUAAGAGCAGAGAUGGAUGAGAUAAAAUUACAUGGUGACCGCGAACUCCUUGGACCUGAUGGAAGAUUUGCUUUUCUACCUGGAGAUUCUGGGGAUAACUUUGUUGAGCUUAGGAGGCAUUUGCAGUUUGUGGAGGAAGAGGCAGAACUUCUCAGGAGAUCACUCAUGGAGUUGGAGGACCAAAAUAAACUACUCAUGAAUGAACUGAAUAAGUAUAAAUCAGAUCAUGAUCUAGACAUAACGUUGUCUGAGGACAGCUGCUCUGUCAUUAGUGAGCCUUCUCAGGAAGAGCUAACCACUGCCAAAAUGCAGAUCAGUGAACUCAAUGGAAAGGUUAAGAAACUCCAGUAUGAGAAUCGGGUACUUCUUUCAAACCUCCAACGCUAUGAUCUGGCAUCUUGUCAGACCACCAAACCUUUAAUGGAGACUGAUGCUGAAGCUGGGGAUUCAGCACAGUGUAUCCCAACACCUCUUUGGCGGGAAGGACCCAUAGGAGUAGAAACAGAUGCUACUGACUCCAAGGAAAGAACAGGGAAAGGAAACUUUAAAUCUCCAGAUAUGUGUCGUAAUUCUCCUCCCAGAUUAUUAAAAAUGAAAGAAUUGGAUAUUCUGCUUGGCAUCAGGACACAAGUUGAAUUGAUCAGCAAGGCCAUUGAAGUUCUAACAUCUGAAUCAAAUGGCUUUCCUUCGGGUAUCAAACUUUGUACAGAUAAUGAUUGUGGUGACCUCCUGUUAACAGAAGCCAUAGAUAACAGCGAGGUGACCAGUGAUUCCAAGCUGAUCGGUGUAAUUUUUACUAGACUUGCGGGUUUACAGCAGGAGCUGAACUGCUUUACGAAGAAGGUUGAUGCACUUGGGGAUUGUUCUAAAGAACAGAUAGAUACCUCAUCGUUGGCAUCGGACACCACAUCUCUAGAUACAUCUAAAGACUUUUCGAGAAAAGAGCACAGUUCUAAUUUGCAGCAGCCUGAGUGUAGGAUCUGCAGAGGGAAGGACGAGUCUCGGUGGGAGAAGGUUGACAGUGACCAUGAUUUUGACCAAACCAACAGCUACAAGACGUACCAGCCUGAAGACAAUGAGUCAUACGCAGCUGAGAUUAAAGAUUUGCAGUCUGUUCUGUCUGAAGCCAAUGAGACCAUGCAAGGGCUUCAGGAACAACUAUCCCAAGAGAGGCAGCUCCGAAAGGAAGCAGAGGAGUCUUACAACCAGAAGAUUGCCCAGCUAAAAGAUGAUCAACAGAAGCUACUUCUAAGGCGUGAGUUUGAGCUCCAAAGUCUGGGCCUGGAGAGACGGCUGGAGCAGAAGUUUUGGAGCCAGGAGAAGAAUGUUCUUGUCCAAGAGACCCACCAGUUUAAGCAAAGCUUCUUACUGCUCUUUAUGAAGCUCAAGUGGUUCCUGCAGCGCUGGAGAAACGGCAAAAUCCCACAAAAUGGAGGAGAGGACUUUCUGGAGGUAAACAGUGUGAAAGAACUGUACAUGCUGAUUGAGGAGGAAGAGUUAAACACCCCGACCACUGACUACAAGAUACCUGAUGGAGAGCCCUGGCCGCAGAAUAUGACAGUGGAAUGUAUGAAAACCCUGGCUGAUGUUAAGGGAAUCUUGAAGGAACUUUGCAGAGAGUUGCAGGAUGAGAGACGAGGGAUGAACGAGCUACAGCAGCAGUUUGCCAAAGCAAAGGCUGCCUGGGAAAUGGAAAGGACGGAGCUCAAGAUGGAUUCUGUGAAGCAUGGUGCAGAGAGAACUUCUUCAGACCUUAAAGUUUCUCUGAAAAAGGAAAGAGAAGAACAUCAACACCUUCUUGCGGAGUCCUACAGUGCUGUCAUGGACCUCACCAAGCAACUGCAGGUCAGCGAAAAGAAUUGGGCCCAGGAGAAGCAGGAAUUGUUAGGACGCUUUCAAAAUGAACGGAAACAGAUGGAACAGCAAAUAAAGGAGCUUCAGAAUAAGCUUGCACGGAAAGAAGAGUCAUGGGUGAAGAAACAAUCAGAAAGCAGAAGCAGUUGUUGGAAAGAGGCUCUGAAUGAUAACCUGCAGGACAAAGAUAUAGACUGUGACACAGAUGCUAGCGGGACCAACUUAAAAAGAACAAAAUCUGUGUCGUCUAUGUCAGAGUUUGAAAGCUUGCUGGAUAGCUCACCUUAUAUUCCUGGGAACACAUCCUCUGUCAAACAAGAGAACAACAAAGGGAGUAAAAAUCUACUGACCAUACCGCUACUCACCAACGGCUGCAUUGACUCAGACUUUGACAAGAACCACUGUACGUACGGCAAGAAGGAAAAUGAGGUAUCUGAGCACCUUUUAAAGAAUGGUCAUGGUAUCUCUUCUUGGGAUUAUUCAACAGUCAGGAGUGUAAAAAAUGUGGAAUCGGGACAAAAGCAGAUACAGCGAAGCUACACUGCACCAGACAAGACCGGUAUUCGAAUAUAUUACAGCCCACCAGUUGUACGGAGGUUGGAUAUCCAUUUGGUUCAAAACAAGGAAAAGCUUGUGGGAGAGCCUGGUUUCCUAUUCACAAUGGCAAAGCCUAAAGAACUUGAAAAUUCUGAUCAAUUGUCUGGAAAUACAUAUAAUAAUUGGCUAUGUAAUUUUUCCAAUAAGCACAGGGAUUUGUUGGACAAUGAUGUUGUAAAGGACUCCUCUCCAUCAGUUCCCACAUUUCCACCUUCACUAGGUGAAUUUGAGAUUUCAGGAAACAUGAGUGAUGACAUGAAAGAGAUAACAAAUUGUGUUAGACAGGCAAUUCGGUCGAGCUCUCUGGAAAGAAAACCUAAAAGUACAUCAACUCAGACUGUUGAGCUCUCCGGUGUGGACAUUCCAACAAUUCAAAUGGUUAGUAUUGGCCUUCAAACAGAUAUUCCAAGAACAAGUCUUCAUACAAAGAGCUGGUCAACAAGGGGAUCUUCUCUGCUGUCUACAAGGAGCAAACACAUUUCUACAUCUUUGGAUAAAGUCCAUUCUCGCAUUGAACGGCCAUGCUGUUCACCCAAGUUUGGCUCCCCAAAGCUGCAGAGAAGGUCAUCUUCAAAAUUGGAUGGUUCCAAAGACCGGAGUUUGUGGAACCUCCACCAAAGUCAAAAAAAUGGCUCGGCAUGGGCAAGAUCUACCACAACACGUGAUAGCCCUGUUUUAAGCACUAUCAACGACGGGGCGUCUAGCCUUUUCAAUGUAGUGGAUCACGCUGGUAGCACAGAAUCCUUGUGUAAAACUGGUCUGUCUGACAGCAAGAACAAAAUAGAUGCCUCUAAAUAUGGCAUUGUGCAGGAGUUCUUUAGAAAUGUCUGUGGUCGGUCAACGCAGAGCUCCAGCGUGGUGGCAGAAAAGAAGGAGUUGGAAGAAAAUAGCAGAAAACCCGAUAAUCAUGAUCAUUGCUCUUCUGCAGUCUGUCAUACAUCCCAUAAUGCAUCUAAGUUACUGAAUAAGAAGUCAUCAAGGCAACAUGCCAUUGAUGAGCAGAAACCCUCCGUUGCCAACCAAGGGAGCAAAGAUGGAAACACAAAGGACAUAGAACUAAUUUCAACUGCUAAUGAAGAUAAUGCCUGUAGCUGUAGCUCACAGCCCGUCACUUCCUGCUUCUCUAGAUCGUCCCGACCACACGCACGCCAUGCCCAUUUCAAGUGCCAACUCCAUUCAGAUCCGAGCCCACAAGAAGAAAAAACAGGUCCACUCUCCAACUGAGAAGAGCCGGGCAUGUCUUUGUUUCCUUCAGGACAUUAAUGUAGCUGAUGCUCUAAUACAGAAAUAUCCGUUCCUUUCAAUACUGCCAAUAACCUGACACCUUCGCCGAGUAUCAUAUAAAAGGUUUAUAGGGGUUGAUAACACUACAAAUUCCUAUGUGCGUAUGUGUUAUGUACUAUAAAUCUCGAUCUGUAAUUUGUGUGUGUGUGUGUAUGUGUGCAAAAUUAUUAUUUAUAAUCUUGCACAGAUACAAAUAUUUCACUUUAUCAGUUUACUAGCACUUAUCCCUUUCGCACUGUGUGAUGAUAUAGAUGUUUAUAUAUGUUCUUUAGUUCAUUUAUUCAGGGGUGUCUGUCGUACAUAACAUCUGGUCCAAUGGAAAUGCAAAUUAAAUAUUUCGUUGUCUGUAGCAAUGUUUUAUACAAACCUACUAAAUGAAAACCAUCAGUAGAAAUUCUAGAAUAUCGCAAUAUUUACAUGUUUUUUGCGGAGAUUCACACGUUGCCAGUGAGCAGCGCAUGUACCCAAAGCCAUACACCUGGAUGUACAUCGGAAGGUUUUGUGUGACUAAACUGGGUACAACAAUGUUUAUUUAUGUUUGUUUUUCUUUCGUUUGCCAACUGCAUAGCAGUUACACGUAUUGUACCCCUUGUUAGUUCAUUAUUUAGCACAAAAAAAAAUCUCAAAAGACUUGAUCAACACAAUCUCAGAACAGUAAUGCUUUAUUUAUUUAAUAAAAAGAGCCCGUGGAGGUUCAUAUUAAUAUUUUAUUAUUUUAUUAGUAUUUUAGUUGGUUUUGUUAUCGUUUUCCUCUUCAAAGCUAAAAUGGGUGCAAAACAUAGAAUUCCGGUGUUUUCAGCCAUUUUAAACUGUCUAUAUGUUAAUAAAGAGAGCUGUAAUUAGGGCUAACACAGGAAAUUUUUUUGAAUUGGUAGUGGGAGGACUGAAAAUCUCCGAUUGCCAUUGGCUGAGACCUCUGAUGUCACCCUUGAAAUAAAGGCUUCUGGGAAUAUUGUCUUUUACAUUGGAUUUUGUCUAAAAAAAUAAUCAAAAGGCCAGAAGUCAAUCCUGUUGGCUGUGGGGAGAUAUUCUGUAAAUAGGAAUAUUUAGCUGAGUAGAAAAAUCUUCUCUGUAUAUAUUGUGUAUAUACAUAUAAAAUGUUCCCGCUAA